CGAGCGCCGCAGAGAACCUUUUUUUUUCUUUAAUAAAAGGCAACCAAAAAAAAGAAACCUGGAUGAAUUUGAUUCCAUUUUCCCCUGGCUGCUCAUGCGUUGAUCCAACUGGGGAUUUGUUUAUCGCGACCGGCCAGCCCGGCCCUUGUCUUCUCCCGCGCAUCAUCUCGCCGAUCCCGGGCGGCCCGGCUGCGGACGGAUGAGGGGGCCCCAUGGCUCACAUGGACGCCGCGAGCCGGUUGGGAGGGACGCGCGGAGCUCGUCACGCCGCCAUUGUUGGUAGCUGCAUUCUGACGACGUGUUCCCGAGCUUGAUGGAGGCGAAGAGCGACCCGGGCGAGGACAGCAGGCCGGCGGCGCAGCCCGAGGCGACGACGACGACGUCGAUGGACUCGCCGAGGGCGUCGCAGGCGGCGACGCGCCGCAAGAAGAUGACGAAGCAGCUGACGGGGAAGCGGGACGACACCGCGACGCACGCGGCGGCGCGCGCCGGGCAGCUCGUCGCCAUGCGGGAGAUCCUGUCGGGCAAGGACGCCGAGGAGCUGGCCGCGGUGCUGUCGAGGCAGAACCAGGCCGGGGAGACGCCGCUGUUCGUGGCCGCCGAGUACGGGUACGUGGCCCUGGUGGCCGAGAUGAUCAAGUACCACGACGUCGCCACCGCCAGCAUCAAGGCCCGCAGCGGCUACGACGCGCUCCACAUCGCCGCCAAGCAAGGGGAUGUAGACGUGGUUAGGGAGCUGCUGCAGGCGCUGCCGCAGCUGUCGAUGACGGUGGACUCGUCGAACACGACGGCGCUGAACACGGCGGCAACGCAGGGGCACAUGGAGGUGGUGAAGCUCCUGCUGCAGGUGGACGGGAGCCUGGCGCUGAUCGCCCGGAGCAACGGCAAGACGGCGCUGCACUCGGCGGCGCGGAACGGGCACGUGGAGGUGGUGCGCGCGCUGGUGGAGGCGGAGCCCAGCAUCGCGCUGCGCACGGACAAGAAGGGGCAGACCGCGCUGCACAUGGCCGCCAAGGGCACCCGGCUGGACAUCGUCGACGCGCUCCUCGCCGCCGAGCCGGCGCUGCUCAACCAGGCGGACACCAAGGAGAACACGGCGCUGCACAUCGCCGCGCGCAAGGCGCGUCCCGAGAUCAUAAAGCGGCUGCUGGCGAUGCCCGACGCGAACCUGAACGCGAUCAACCGGUCCCGCGAGACCGCGCUGGACACGGCGGAGAAGAUGGGCAACACCGAGGUGGCCGAGCUGCUGGCGGAGCACGGCGUGCAGUCGGCGCGCGCCAUCAACCCCGGCGGCGGCGGCGGCAAGCAGGCGCGGGAGCUGAAGCAGCAGGUGAGCGACAUCAAGCACGAGGUGCACUCGCAGCUGGAGCAGACGCGGCAGACGCGGGUGCGCAUGCAGGGCAUCGCGAAGCGCAUCAACAAGCUGCACGAGGAGGGUCUCAACAACGCCAUCAACUCGACGACGGUGGUGGCCGUGCUGAUCGCGACGGUGGCGUUCGCGGCCAUCUUCACGGUGCCCGGCGAGUACGUGCAGGACCCCGGCAGCCUGGCGCCCGGGCAGCAGCUGGGCGAGGCCAACAUCUCCCACGAGACGGCCUUCAUCAUCUUCUUCGUCUUCGACUCGGUGUCGCUCUUCAUCUCGCUGGCCGUGGUGGUGGUGCAGACGUCGGUGGUGGUGAUCGAGCGCAAGGCCAAGAAGCAGAUGAUGGCCGUGAUCAACAAGCUCAUGUGGGUGGCCUGCGUGCUCAUCAGCGUCUCGUUCCUGGCGCUGUCGUUCGUCGUGGUGGGCCGCGCCGAGCGGUGGCUGGCCGUGUCCGUCACCAUCAUGGGCGGCACCAUCCUGGUGACCACCAUCGGAACCAUGCUCUACUGGGUCAUCGCGCACCGGGUCGAGGCCAAGCGGAUGCGCACCAGCAAGCGAGCCUCGCUCAGCCGCUCCCGCUCCUUCUCCAACUCCGGCAUGUCGGAGAGCGACUGGGUCGAGGAGGAUUACAAGAGGAUGUACGCAAUCUGACGACCGGUGCGGACGUAGCAGGAUUUCACAUCCGUGCAGCGAGCCGGGCUAACAUUUUUGUUUUUCAGUAGCUACUACUACUACUAGUAGAUCGCAUUUUUGUUUUUUUAUCACUAGCUAGAUCGCAAUUAGUACGUUCGCUGAACUCUUUGAUAAAGACGGAAAUUUCCUUUUUCGAGAGGAUCGUGUGCAAGUCUUGUUAACUAGGCCGGAUGGGCUGA